AUUAUUCUCUUGGACGUCAGGGAGAAGAGAGCAGCGUGAUUCUCUCAAGACCAAGAGGAAACGAAGGGAAGAGAGAAACGAGAGAGAUUUUGAUGUGUUUUUGAAAGUUCACCAUAAGAAAAUAAUAAGAACAGACAUAAAUUUUUGGCGUGUUUUGAGGAAUUCUGAAAUUUGACUAUAACGAAAGAAAGAGAACAUAUUUUGACGUUUUUUGAAAGUUUCCCAAUAAGAAGAGAAGAAAAAAAGGGGGAAAAAAAUUGUUGUUGUAUUUUGAAACUUCCAGAAUAAGAAUAGAAGAAAAGGAAAGAAACAUUGACGUAUUCUGAAAAAAAGAAGAGGAAGAGGAAAAAAAACAAGAUUAGAUUAAGAAAAGAAGAGUUACAAAUUUCUAUCAUUGUCGUGUGAAAUUUUAAAAAGAUUAGUGAUUUUUUUUGCAGGAAAUUUGUUUGAUUUUCACGAGAGUUUGUGAAAUUAGAGAAAUAAGAAACAAAACAAGAGGAAAGAGGAAGAAGAAAAGGAGUGUCAGCUCUCAAUGAAAUAGAGAAAGAAAGCGAGAAAAUAAAAAUAAAUAAAGCUGAACACGAUAUAAAGAAAGGAAAGAAAAACAAAACAAAAAGGAACAGAAAAUAAUGUAACAGCCGAAAACAAAAAGAAAAACAAAUCAACAACAACAACAACAACAACAACAACAAACAAGAUGGCGCCCACACUAGAGGCCAAGAAAGCAGUGUUAUUUCAUCUGCUUAAUCUAAAUCUCCUGCUGGACUUAGGCGUGGACCCCCCCUCGUCCCCCACCACCAUCCUGCCCCCCACGGCCGCCCCCCAGUCCGAGUGCCACCUGGUGUACGGACAAACGCGGUGCUUCUCCUUGCAAGCCCCCUGGGUAGGCCCGUCGCGCCCCGUGGUUCGCCGGCCCCAGUCCCCGGAAGAAAUAGGAACUACUUUCUCACUCUUCACGCAGCAGAAUUAUAGUGUGGCCGUGCCGCUCGAUCCUGGCCGACUCAGCACUAUUCUGGGGGCGCCUUUUGUUCCAGAUCAGCCCUUCAAGAUCAUCACCCACGGGUACUUCUCUCACGGGGCGGUAGCUUGGGCUGAGACGCUGAAGGGGGAGCUGCUGAGGGCGCAGGACCAGAAUGUUGUGGUGGUGGACUGGAGCGUGGGAGCAAUGCCGCCCUAUACGCAGGCUGUGGCGAACCUGCGGCUGGUGGGGGAGCAGCUGGCCUACCUCAUCUACUCCCUCAGUAAAUUUGCGGAUGUCCCAAUCGGCGCCUUCCACCUGAUUGGCCACAGCUUGGGCGCGCACUUAAGCGGGCAAGCGGGGACUAUCCUGCAGCGAACGUACGGUCUCAAAGUGCCGCGGAUCACUGGCCUGGACCCCGCAGAGCCUUACUUCAACGACACGCACCCCAUUACAAGACUGGAGACCUCUGAUGCUGAGUUCGUUGAUGUCAUUCACACUGAUGACUCGCCAAUCCUCGGUUUUCCCCUUAGUAUAGGGAUGACACAGCCUAUCGGACAUCUUGAUUUCUUCCCCAACGGAGGCAGCCAACCGGGGUGUGAUAAUGGGGCACUCAACUGUCACCACACGCGGGCCAUUACGUACUUCACGGAAUCCAUCAGGCAAUCCUGUCCCUUCAUGGCGGUAGCUUGUCCCUCCUACCAAAAGUUCAUUGAUGGCGAGUGUUGGGGCUGCAAGGGAGACCACCCCUGCUCUCUCAUGGGACUGAAUGCCUCCCCCAUCACUGUGCCCCCCCGGACCUCCCUCUACCUGGAGACUACAGCCCAGAGCCCCCACUGUGGUUACCACUACAGGGUGAGCGUGACAGUCAGCAACAGCAGCGAGGCGCGGUCACACCUGGGGGAGUUCGCAAUUACGCACUUAAGGUUGGAGGGACAUAAGGACUACUCCCCCGUGCUCAAGCUGUCGACCCAAUCCCACUACUAUGAGGCAGGAACCACGCAGCGCAGAGUGAUACUAACGAGAGACAUUGGUAAGCUACAGACGCUCACUCUACACUUUGAGGACCCAACCUGGCUGCUUCCUAGGUUCACGAAGGGCAUCUAUAUAGAGUCAGUCACUGUGGAGCCUCUUGGAAGGGAUAUCAGGUGGAAGUUCUGCUUUGAUGAUUCCUUCCAGAGACUCGACAGAGAUUACAAGCUGACACUCAAGAACAUGUGUUAACUUAACCUAACCUAACCUAACCUAACCUAACCUAACCUAACCUGACCUAAGCUUUCCUAAUUGAUUAUCUCAUUCGCUGUAUUGUUUUUUUUUUCUUGUUUCUUUCUUUUUUUAUCUUUCACUAUUAAUACUACAACUACCACUACCACUAUUACUAUCACCAUCACUGCUACUACUACUACUACUACUACUACUAUUACUACUACUACUGCUACCACUAUCAUUCACCCCUCCAUUACCUCACACCCUCCCCCCCAUUCCCCCAUUACUACCCCCUUCCCCUCAUCUCUAUUCCCUCACCAUCCCAUCACCAUCAUCUUCUUUAUAGACACUGAAAAUUAAGUCUUUAUUUGUGUACUUUUUUGGUGUACACGAAUUUUUGUAUACAUGUAAACUUAAGUAUUUCCAUGUAUGUAUGUAUGUAUGUAUGUAUGUAUGUAUGUACGUAUGUAUGUGUAACUUGUAAAUAUGCUUGUAAUUCUUUUGUAUAAUGGAAAAUAAAUGAAUAAUUCUCAAGGUAA